AUGCAGUGGAUCCAUGUCAUCCCAGCGGUGUUGGUCAUGUCGACCAUCUUAAAUGUUCAAGCCGGAAGAUUUUCAGUCCCAGAAAGUGUUUCCGCAUCUGAAGAUCAGUCAAGUACGGGUCUCAUCGAUAUCAACAUAGAGGUUCUUGAUCGAGCUUCGAAAGCGUCAACUCCAGCCAGAUCAUAUCAAUCAAAUCCAGUGGAAAGUUACUCAGCAAUCGCUAAAGAGAUUUAUCAACGAGACCGGAACCGAGCACAUCAUUUGAAGAUACCAGCCGAUCAGCAGACUCAGAUCAGUCAAGCUGCAGGUGACCCAGGGCAAGGACCUGGCUCAACUGUUGUUGCUACGAAUGCAGUUGUGAGUUACUUGGCUGAUAUUAAAGUAGGAAGUCAUGGACAGUCUUUUAAGCUUAUCAUAGACACUGGAAGCUCCAACACUUGGGUAGGAUCUGGGACACGACUUGAAAAUUCUGAAUCAACUAUUCCAACUGGUUCUACUUUUUCAGUAAGCUAUGGGUCCGGAAGUGCAUGGGGAACUGAAGUGUUGGAAAAAGUAUCAGUAUCAUCUACGAUUUCUGUCAAUCAAUCUAUCGGGAUUGCAUCAGAAUCAUUCGGAUUCAAUGAUGUUGAUGGGAUUUUAGGAUUAGGUCCAAGUAAACUCACGGUAGGGACUCAAACUGAGCCUAAAAAGCAGAUACCUACCAUCAUGGAUACCUUAUUUCAUGCUAAGAAAAUUGCUCGACCAGUCUUAGGUGUUUUCUUUGCUCCCUCUCAUAAUAAUUCCACUCGUAAUGGUCGAUUAACUUUUGGUGGAGUACAAAAUUCAUUAUUUCAUGGAAAGAUGUCAUGGAUUCCAAAAACUUCAACUAAACCUUCUUCAUCUUAUUAUGGAGUAAAUUUAACUAUCACUGCAUCGGGAAAAUCCAUCAUGCCAAACAAAGCUGGAAUAGUGGAUACUGGUACUACUCUUGUUCUUUUACCCGAUGAUGCUUUCAAGCGAUAUGUCAACAUGAUCCCGAAUGCGAAAAUCUUAGAUGACGGUCUAGUAAUGUUCCCAAAAUCAUCUAUCCAACAUAUUCCUACACUGGAAUUUGAUUUCGGUAUCUUUAAAGCUACUUUAACUUCAAAUCAACAAGUUUUACCAAUCGAUCAAGCUCAUUAUUAUGGUGCAUCUACUCGUAUGCGGUAUAGCUAUGUUAGUGCUAUGGGUACUCAAUCUGGUACAGGUUUAGAUUUUAUCCUUGGUCAGAAAUUUUUGGAACAUUAUUAUACUGCUUAUGAUAGUCAAUCAGGUUCUGUUGGUAUUGCAACCGCGACAGUGAUCGAAGGAAGUUCAUCUACCCAAAGAAAGUGUUAG